UCUAACUACGCAUUUGAAACCAUUUUAGUUCAUUUUCAUUUAAUAAUGCUCCCUUUCAUUUAUUAUUUCUUGUGCUUUCUCUCACUUUCCUUUCAACAUUCAAAGUGAAAAAGAAAGAAAGUGUGAGAGAUGACUUGGGUUGGUGUUCUUCACAAAUGGUUUGUUUUGUCUCAAGAUAUUCUGAGUAUGCUGUUAGUGCAAUUACUCAUGACAGGAAUGCAAAUUCUCUCAAAAAUCAUAUUGAAUCAAGGGAUUUUCAUCUUUGCUUUAAUGACUUAUCGACAUAUUGUAGCUGCCUUUUGUGUUGCUCCUUUUGCUUUCUUCUUUGAAAGGGGUAUCAUAUCAAAACUUAACCUUUCUGUUUGCUUUUGGCUCUUCAUCAAUGCCUUAACUGGGAUAACAGCAGCAAUGGGACUAUACUAUUAUGGUCUCCGAGAGACUACAGCUACAUAUGCAAUCAACUACCUUAACUUACUACCGGUGGUCACAUUUGUUUUCUCAGCAAUUUUUCGAAUAGAGAAACUGAGAUUGAAUACUAAGGAAGGAAAAUGUAAGACAUUGGGAACAAUUUUAUGUGCAGGAGGGGCAGUGUCUUGUAGUCUUUACAAGGGAAAAUCAUUUCAUAUUUUUCGUGACAAACUAAACCGUAAACUCUCACAAAAUGUGCCAUCUAAAGCGGACUGGACUGUAGGCUCUUUACUUUUAGUGGGGAGUUGCUUAUGCUAUGCUUCUUGGUAUAUGGUUCAGGUGAAAUUGUUGAAAAUAUUUCCAUUCAAAUAUUCGGCAACCAUGUUUACAUGUAUGGUAGCAUCCUUGCAAGCGUUGGUAAUAGGAUUAUGCUUACAUUCGGAUGUGGCUUCAUGGAGGUUAGCUUGGGAUCUAAAAUUGGUUACUAUAUUUUACUCCGGAGCACUGGCCACAGCGGCAAGCUUUUGUUUACUUUCAAGGGCAAUUGCAAGGAGAGGGCCAAUCUAUCCUCCCAUGUUCAAUCCAUUGUUACUGAUUUUUGUAGCUGUUUUAGAUGCUCUCCUACUUGGUCAAGCUAUCACACUUGGAAUCUUGUUGGGCUCCCUUCUGAUAGUAGCUGGGUUGUACUCCUUUUUGUGGGCAAAGUCAAAGGAGUUGAAACGAAUGUCUCAAAAAAAGGCUCAAGGCGAAGAAGCUCUACCGACAACAGUUGAUGAGCCCAUGGUGAUAUCAACUUCUUCAAAACCUGAAGUUGAACUAGAUUCUACUACAGACACAGUUAAGCCCUAAGUCAUUUUAUCCUAGUUUUUAGUGUAAAAUAUUUGGUAAAAAGCUAUAACAUUAGCUAGCCAUCGUAAUUUUGGUGUAAUUUUGUUUUAAAUUAAAAUAUAUGUUGAUGCCAAA